GAUCAAUAGCAGCUCAACAUCAUGAGAAGAAAUAUAAUAUCAUUGUUGGCACUACUAAGACUUUCUGUGGCAAUGGCUGCCACCACAGACAGUGUGGAUGACACAGGUCGCCAAUUAUUCGGGACAGAGGACAAGACGAAGACAUCAAGUCCUCUGCAGGACUACACUGAAGAUGUAGUUUACACAGACACUUCAGACAGUUCACGUGUGUGGUCUAGAGAUAGUCUUCACUACAAGGAUUCUGUUGUUAAGACCUCGUCUUCUACCGAAAUACCUACAGUAGUUUACGGUCAAAACGAAACUUUUGGACGACUUGAACCAGUUGAUGUUGACCUCCUGACCUGCGUCAUCCGAUCUCAGACUCAUCAGGUCAAAGGUAGCGAGGGGAGCAUCUCCAUGUCUUUCAGGCCGUUAUCCAACACAGGACAAGACCAGACUUUUGUUAACUUCUGCAAUGUGGAGCUAACGGUUCCACCAGGCAUGGUGGCCUAUGUGAAAGUGUCACAGACUCCUAAAGGGUUUAUCGAGUGUAUACGCCUAAUACUACGUGAUGAUGAGGGUAGUCUUCUCUUUGACGCAAGUCCAACUUUACUCCCGGAAAUAUUUUACACUUAUUCCAGAAGUCUUACAAUUCUGGUCAAAAUAAUCAGCCUCAGCUCAACCUUUCACCUUCUUUUAAAUUUCUCGGCUGUUCCAGAAACCAGUCGUCCACAGUUACUGGUCAACUUCACCUCCCCAAACACAGGUUAUGUAGAAACUCCGAACAUGGACUUCACGCCCUACAUAAGGUUUCGGGUACACCUGGUGGCGCCACUCGGUCACAUUGUCGUUAUAAGUUUUGGUGAUAUUGACAGCUUCUACACCUGCCUGAGACUUUUUCCUGACCACGUGACUUUCCGUACAAAGAGCAGUUACAGAGAGUAUUCAAUAUGUUCCUUAGAAAUGAACCGAGACCUGGCUUUUUAUCCAGAUUCUCCAGGAAUUUUCGUUGGAGUUAGGUUCGCGCCGUCAUCUUUACCUCCAAUGUAA